CAUGGAGCCUCUGCUGCAAACUUGCCCAGGGCCCCUUCUUGGGACCUCCCCUCCCUUUGUUUGGUCCCCCCGCCCCCCGUAUAAGCCUUUAAAGCCCCUUUUGGCUCCAUCGGACACCUUUUCCCCUACUGGUCACUUUCUUUUUGUAUAUGAUUGACCCUGCCUGCUUUCUGCUACCUCGCAAUGCCCUUAGCCAUCCUCUUGCGCCGCCGCCCCCCAGGGCCCGCCCGGGGUGCGGAGACCACCAGCUCUGCCUCCUGCACACGCUGUAGGGCGUCUUAAAAAAACGGCAUGGGGUGGCAGGACCGUCUGAGCGCACGGAAGGGCAGGAGCAACGCUCGUGGAAGUCAGUGUCGGGGAGGUAUAUUUCACUGGAACUGGGUCUAAUAGACGGGGAAUGCGGAACAUCAAGGCAUACCAGAGGAACUGGGGAAUAGGAUAUAUGACACGUUUGCUGCAGUGCCUAUCGUAAGGCCAGGACAAGGCGAAGCAAACUCGAGGCAGUUUCAGAAAAAGCAGAAUUUGGCUAAUGCAGACAAAAAUACUUUCUUUGUUGGGCUUCAGAUAUCUGCUUAGUUUUGAAUGCUGCUGGAAAGAUCACACAGAGACACUAGAUAACUUGUCAAAAGGGAGGAACACAUGGUCAAACUAGUUGCUGUUUUCAUUCUAAGGUGCAUGUCCCUCACUAUUUCCCUUUUCAAGGGUUGGCAAAAUAUGAACUCCAACUUUCAGUUUGCUUCAGUGACCUCCUAGCAGCCUGUUUUUUUGUAUGCUUCAUGUACAUACAAAAUUGUGGGGGAGCAGUGGCCCAGCAGUUGUUGUUGAAUUCCAGCUCCCAUUGUCCCUGACCAUUGGCCAUGCUAGCUGGAGUGGAUGAAAGAGCAUCUGGAGGGCAAUAGGUUCUUCAUCAUUGGUUUAUGAGCCUGCAGGUUUUCUCAGCUAUGCACAAGAGGAUGUUCUGGGGCAAUUUUAGAAAUCCCAGCAGGAUGCAGGAAGACUAACAUGGCAAGAGGACACAAUGUACCUUAGGUGAAUCUGUACCUGUUAAAGUCUAGUGGUGAAAGCAAAACGUCAUUCCAUAAAUUUUGACUCCAGAUCCACUGCUACAAAUAUUAGAUCUAGCUCUUUAUUGCUGAAACCAAGAGAUGGAGCCCCCUGAAGUGACCAUCAUUGAAGGUGUAGGGGAUGAGGUGACCAUAGUGGUUGGUAUUGUGGUCCUUAUUAUGGCCUUGGUCCUGGCCUGGCUUUCCACAUAUGUUGCAGAUGGCAGUAGCACUCUUCUGGAAACUGUUGUGGCCCCUGGAGAUUCAUCAGUGAUCCACCUGAGUCCCAUUGAACGCUAUGUGGGGAAUUCUGUGUCAGAACAAUCUGAGCCUCAGGUUGCUGCAGAAGGUCUUGAAGAGAAAGCAGAUGAAGAUCCUGCUUCUGACUCUGGCUCUUCAGUUGAGCAAGGAGAUAGCAGUGGUUCAGAUGCUGCGUUAGAUAGUCUAUUGGAUAUUCAGGGUCUUCCUCAAAGGACCUUUGCUGUUGAGGCUGUAUCCCAGCAGAACCAGAGAACUUCACAAAUGGUACCAGUCAUGGAGGAGAGUGAGCCAAACUCAGGGUUUAUUAAGGUGCGCCUUAAAUUCCUAAAUGACACAGAAGAGGUGGCCAUUGUGAAGCCAGAAGACACCAUUGGUGUUCUCAAGAGCAAAUACUUCCCUGGCCAGGAAUGUCAGAUGAAAUUUAUCUACCAGGGCCAGGUUCUCCAGGACCAGACUAGGAGUCUCCGCUCCCUCAACAUCCUGGAUAACUGUGUAAUCCACUGCCAUCUCUCUCAGGCCACUGUUUCCGCCACGCCCAAUACUGUGGCUGCACCACCAGAAGACGGGGGUAUAUCUUUGAGCGUGGCUGACUUGAUGCUUCCCUUUUUUAUGUUUAUGCUGGCAGUCAUCUGGUUUUUUCGCAUCAAUAACCGGCAGUUAUUCACUGCCCCCGCUACCAUUUCCUUAGUUGGGGUGACUGUAUGUUUUAGUUUCCUUGUAUUUGGAAUGUAUGGACGAUGAGCAGCAACAGGAGAGGGAGGAGUCUCAGUUGUCCCUUAAACCAAAUCCUCUUUGUCCUGUAAUUCCACUUGCUGAUAACUCGUAACUAACAAGGAAAGCACUUAUCCAAAAUUCUUUCUGAUGAGACAAAAAGCCUCCACAGACCACCUUUAGGUUUUUCCCCCUUUCUGCAUUGCCUUUAGUUACAACGUUGGGUGUACUUUUGUUUUUUUCCACUGUUGGUAUUUGAAAAUGGGAUAAGUGUAGAAGAGCAAGGCAAUAUAGAUCACUUUGCUUUCCUGCUACCUGUGCAAACAACUGAGAUCUUAGCCAUUAAGAUGUUAGUCUCAUGUCUUCUUGAUUCUGUGAUUUGAGGAAAAUAUGUGAAGAAAAACAUGAUUAUAUAGACACAACGAGGAUGUGGAACUUGCUAAUGAUGGCCUUUAUAGAGCCUGAUUGAAGUCAAGCUCUUGUCCUUUAGGCGCAGGCUUCCUUGAGUUCUGCAAUAGAAGAAAGGGGCUUCUAGCGUGAUUAUUCGCUUAAUUAGUUGCUGUUGCACUAGGAAGCAUGAAAAGAUGACCUUGGCAUGUAUUUCUGCCCACUCAAUGGUAAUCAAUUGCACUGUAGAUAUGAGAUGACCUAGUGUGCUCUCUACAAAUGUCAGUGCAUCUACUCAUAUCUACAACUGCUUUCACUUUUGGUGCAGUUGAAAAAAUGGAAUACCUGCCUUCUGCCCUCCGCCCUUCCAUGCACAAUACAUAUGUACCUUCAAACCAUGGAUUAGUUAGCUGUGUACCAAAGACUCCUGGACACACUUUAGGUGGACAGAAUUCAGAUUAGCAAUGGCCUCACAUGUCUGCUAUUGGAAAGACCAUAUGCCUAUACAUACUUGCAGAAGUUGUAGUGGGGAUGCAGUUAGUCUUACUUUGGCCACAAGAGAGGCAUAUCCCAGGCUGUGCUUGAGACCUCAUGUCCAGUUUUGGUUGUGCAUCUUUUGUAUGGGUACAUGCUAGUAUAAGUGCCACCCAUUAGUCUGGAGGUAAUUCUGGCUUGGGUCACUUACAGUUGCUACAAGUAUUAAAGCCAAAAGUAUUCGCAACUAAUCUAAUCUAAUAGAAGCCAGACACUUUUGUGAACUGGAUUUUCCAUCUUCUGAGAGAAACAAUACUUAACCAUUGAAGACACAAAGACUGGAAUUAGGUGAGCUAAAAUCCAUGCACCAAGCUCUCUCUAAGCUUAUAAAAGUGUUUUAAUUCUCACAUGCUUUGAAGUGGGUUGGGUUAUUACAUUUCUAGACCUCGUUCUUGCAGAGAUAUACUUGAAUAACAACUGUAUCAGAAAAUGUUUGAAGCUUAUGAGUGCCAAGUAAAUGAUCCACGACUGCUCAGAACCAGUCUCUAUUUUUACUGUUGCUUUUGUUUUAAAAUCAAGACAUUUUAUUAAAAUGGCUGCCAGAAAUUAGGCUUUAAGUAAACCUAUGCUUGACAUCUGUCACCUGAAAUGUAUUCUUGUAAAACUCAUGCAUAUUUUUAGGAAGCUGUUUCUGUAGUCUGUCCAAAUUUCAAUUUGGGCAACAGUGACGUAAAAGCAAGCUUGUAAAUAACCACUACCACAGUCACCUGGUGCAAAUAUGAAUGCCUUCUAAGUGACUUGAUAAGCUUUUGUAAAUGGGAAGGGAGGUGGGGUGUAUUUUUCUCUUUUUUCAUACUAAGUAGGCAAGUUAAAUGCUUCUGGUUAUAUUAACAUUGUGGACUUACUUGGAAGACUGAUGUAGAGGCUGAGAGCAUCAGCGUUUAGUAUAGCCAAAUGUAUCUGUAAGAGUACUUACAUAAAGAAAUGGGCUUUUCAUACCAUUGAACUUGGCAAAUACAGCUUAAAAAACAUGGUUUAGAAGGCUGUUGUUCUUCAGUAAUUACUUGCACAAAUGCUCCAUAUUCUACUUAUAUCUAAAUUCUGUACCAAGCUGCAUAACUUAACUGAGCUAAGUAAAUACAAGCUUAGUCCAGGAGCUUUGCCAGUUACUGCAGCCACUUGCUGUCCAACCCACAUGAAGCUGUUGCUCUCUGGCUUCCAAGAUAUCAGCAAGCAUUCUCUUUUCAAGCCUCCUUUUCUACUUUUGCAUGUACACAGAUACAGUAUUUUCAAGGUACCUAUGUGGAUACAUUCAUAUUGUACUUCAGUGUUACAACGUCUUUGCAUUGAAAAUAGAAUCUAAACGAGGAGACUUGACUAACAUUAAACUUUUGGAAAGAAAA